AUGAUGGUAGUUGAGUCGAUUGAGAAUCAGGAUGCGAUCGGUGAUGGUGGUGCUGAAUGUAACAGUACAUCUUUUGAACAGGAAGCUUUGAUCGAUAGUAAUGGCAUUUCCUUUCAUCGAACAGUUGGUGUGCUCCACAUUGCUCUUAAUCGAGUGAGUAAGUGGUGUAUUCUUGUAAGCUUUGGCGGAUUCAUUCUCUUGAGAGAUGAUAAUCAAGCACUAUGGGCUGUUCUAGGUUCUGUUUUAAACGUCGUUUUAUCAUUCACUCUGAAGAAGAUUAUAAAUCAAGAACGACCUGUUUCUGAAGUGUGUUGUGGCCCUGGAAUGCCAUCUUCACAUGCUCAAUCCAUUUCGUUUGCCACCAUAUUCAUGAUUCUUUCAAUCGUUGGAUGGGUGGGAUUCAACGGAUAUUCAGCUAUUCUCAGUGGGCUCAUUAUAGCAGUUGGUGUAUAUUUUACAUGGCUACGUGUUCUAUUACGUUAUCACACUACCAGCCAAGUGGUCGUGGGGGCAAUUGUGGGCUCUAUAUUCUCUAUCGUAUGGUUUUCCACAUGCGAUAUUAUGGUCCUAAAUGCAUUGUCAUAG